AUGCGUACCACUGACGAUCGCCGGUCGCAGUCUCCAGCUACUCGUCGAAACGGCACGCUGCAGUCAUGCGAGCCGUGUCGGCGGUCGAAACAGCGUUGCGACCAUGAACGACCCGUUUGCCGUAGAUGCACGGCAAAGAGGAUCACCGAUAAAUGUUUCUACCAUCCAGCCCCGAUGACCCGCCGGAGGGGCUCGGAUCAAACCGGUUCGAAUCCAAGUAUGGCGCCGUCGAGAAGACUGACUAGUCAGCCAACUUCCAAUGCUUCGAGCCCAGGCUCAGGUUCUUUACAUGGCGGGCGUUUAUAUGCGCCCUUAGAGCCGCCAUCUGCACUACCAGGCUACAUGGGCUCCACGAGCUUCACCGCCGUUCUAGCAGAGCAUCGCAACGAGAUUGCAUUUGAGCAAGACGAGAAUGUGGAGUCAUGCCCAGUUUUGGUAGUGGAACCAGAUCGGGUCCAGUCCGGAGCUGAGGUCCUGCUUUUCCUUUAUAAUCUCAAAGACCGGCGCAAGCUUGUUGACAAGUUUUACCUACGGUCAUGGAAUGUGGUUGUACCUAAGAUGGUUGUGGUCGCAAUCAUGGACUCUAUUGACGAGAUCUUUGGCGGUUUCAACACCAACGAUUUGAUGCCCCAACUGCAGAGUCUAGCCACUCAGAUCUUCCAAAAUUCCUCGCGAGCAUUGAAAACGCAUCAGUCUAUGACUAUCAAGGAAUAUUGCAGUUCAUUCACAGGACGCAAUUUUCGUUGGGAAGCACUUGGAAAUAUUUUUACUCUGUGUGGUCAGCAACUAGUGAUCACCCCCGAGAACGACCCUGCAGUUACCGAGGGGGACGAUCCAGGGGCGAAAGAUCGACUAUUAGAGCAAGUCACUGUGGCCAGUACUAUUUGCCUCAACUUUUGUGACCAGGCCUCUGCAGCCAAUGAAAUGCUGGCAUAUCUGCAAUAUAACGAUGUCAUGCUACGAACACAGCUAUACGGAGAUUCGAGCUAUCAAGCAUGGCGUCGACUCGGCGACCUCACAGCUACCAUAUAUGCAGCUGGCCUGCAUGUCGACACCGAAACCUCGGAUGAUUGUCCUUUCUUCCUUCGUCAAUGGCGUCGGUGCUGCUUUACGUCGGCAUUUUACAUGGACAAGAUGAUGGCUACUUUCGUUGGCCGGCCACCCCUAUUGAACUACCGAUAUUGCACAUUAACUCCUCCUUUGGAUCUAAGUGAUGAAGCCCUUGUAGAAGGGGGCGAGGCUCUGAACCAAGCUAUCUCCGAGCUUGACAGCGCAGGAUGGAGUACAAAUGGGAUUCGCCACCGAAUGUCAACGGGACGAAUCCGAUUCCAACUGUCUGUCUUUAGGGAAAGGACACUGGAGAUCGCAUUGGGGUGUCAUGAACCGCGUGAUUUGAUUCAAAAGUGCAAUGAAAUUCGUGAAGGUGUACGUGCAGUGUGGGAGUCUACUCCAGACCACCUCCGGUACGAUCGAAGGGCAAGAGAUGAUUUCCACCACGGAUGGUUGACUCUGGUUUACCUCUAUCUCAACUAUUUGUACACUUGUUUCCUGCUUCAGCGAGCUUUGAUCAAGCACACAAAUACCGGGCAAGAGUCGCUCUGUGACAUCUCACGCCAGGUCCUGAGUAUUGUGAACAGCAUCACUACUAUGCGCAAUCCGAUGGUGGAUCUUGAUCGGCAUUACUCUUGGAUUGCCCUUACAUACGGCGUCCCAAGCUCAGGUGUUCUUCUGCUCGAACUCUUACAUCAGUCUCACAAACCCGGUCCACACAACGUGGUUCUCCCUCGCGCCGAGCUAGUUCGCAACUUGAGCGUGUUCAUCUCGAUGCUUUCUUGGAUUGCGCGACCUGGGCAUGGCAAUUAUCGCACUUGCAAAGAAGCUGAGAAGAACUUGUCUCGCAUCUUGGACCAAGUACUCGAUCCACAACCUGUCCAUCCGGAAAUGGUGCAUGAUGUCACGUCCGAACUAUCCAGCUUCUUGAACUGGUCGAAUUACAACAGCUGGGACUUUAGCUCCGAAUACUUUCCGCUGGCGAAUGGUUUUGCACCAUGA